AACUCUGCAGUUGCCGCGGGCUCCCGGCUCCCGGCCGUCUGUGGGGCUGUAAAAUCCACCUCAGGGGCAAGUCGGGAGGGAGAGACCGACCCCAUUGGCUAUCGCCCGUGCGGCAUGUCAUCCCGCCUGCUGCAUAUAACCGGGAAAGCGCGGGCCACUCAGCCCCGGGCAAUGCCCGCCGCCUCCAGUGCGGAGCGGAGGGAUGCCUGCAAGGACUGAUAGAAGCGGGAAGGGCUGCCCUGGCCCCUGGCAUCGGGGGUCUUCUCCAGGGCAGACAUUGCAUCCAAGAAACAGCGUGGGAGACUCACAUGUGACCGGCUAAUGGGCUAUGUGAAAAAGCAAGGGAGCAAAUGGCGCGGGCAGCUUGUGGCAAAGAAGCAGAAAAGCCCCCAAAGGAGCGAAGCAGCCCAGCUGGAGGUAGAAACCCGGAGCUCCUAAGCCCGGAGACGAAGUGACCGAGACUCGGCCUUGCUUGCCGCGGUCAAACAAGCCCCGGGCUUCUCGCCCCGGCUCCCAUCUCCGGGCUGCCCUGCCACGCGGAGGAGGGGGCCGGAGGGGAAUCGCUCCCCUCCACGGGCACUUCGCCGCGGCUUCGAAGCCAUGAGCCGCCACGUGUGGUUCCCCUUGCAGUACAUCUCCAAACCCUACCGCCGGGCACAGGACCGCAAUGGCUCCGACUUCUUCUCCGCCCUCUACGGCUUCCCCAACCGAUCCUCCUUCUUCCACGGCGACUUGGACCUGGACGACAUGGGGGACUUCGACAGGGGCACCCGGUACGAAGGCGAGUCCCAGAGCCGGACGGUGAAGGCGCUGCUCAUCGCCGCCUAUUCGGUGAUCAUCGGCAUCUCGCUCUUCGGCAAUAUCCUGGUCUGCCACGUGGUGAUCAAGAACAGGAGGAUGCAUUCGGCCACCAGCCUCUUCAUUGUCAACCUGGCCAUCGCGGACAUCAUGAUCACCCUCCUGAACACGCCGUUCACACUGGUGCGAUUUGUAAGCAGUACCUGGGUCUUCGGAAAGCUGAUGUGUCACAUAAGCCGGUUUGUCCAGUACUGUUCUGUCCAUGUUUCUGUGCUUACCCUUGCAGCCAUUGCACUGGAUCGACACCAGGUUAUAAUGCACCCUUUGAAACCCCGGAUGUCAAUUGCUAAAGGAGGAAUUUGCAUCAUUAUAAUCUGGGUUAUGGCCAGCUGCUUCUCCCUUCCCCAUGCCAUCUACCAGAAUCUAGCAAGAUUUUAUAUUGGGAACAGAACUAUACGAAUGGUCUGUCUCCCCAGCUUCCCUCCUCCUGCUGAUCUCUUCUGGAAGUACCUGGACUUGACUACUUUUGUACUCUUGUAUGUCCUGCCCUUGCUUGUGAUCUCCAUCACGUAUACAAUGGUAGCCAAGAAGCUCUGGCUAAGGAAUGCCAUUGGAGACAUCACCAUGGAGCAAUACUUUGCCCAUCAGCGGAAGAAGAAGAUGACACUGAAGAUGUUGAUGGUGGUGUUGGUGGUUUUUGCUGUCUGCUGGUUCCCACUGAACUGCUACUUGCUGCUCAUCUCCAGCAAGGCCAUCCACAGCAACAAUGCUCUGUACUUUGCUUUCCACUGGUUCGCCAUGAGCAGCACCUGCUACAAUCCCUUCAUUUACUGCUGGCUCAAUGAGAGCUUCCGCUCUGAGCUCAAGUCCCUGUUGUGUGUGUGCCGGCGAAAGAAUGCAGCCCAGAGCCACGCACUGCAGUCCAUCUCUCCUCCUUUCAGGCAUGCCUGGGCUGAGAAUUGUCAUUAUAAAAGGGACAGCUGCUCUCAGAAAGCAAGAACACCUUCCCAAAGAAACUCUGCAAAGACAGACAUAUCCAGUGUCCAGCCAAUUGUGACAGGGAGCUAAACCACUGAACUGAUAGUCAAUAGAUCUCCCUGGGUCCUGAAUCUAGAAAACUGGAUAUUAAUUUAUUUGUAUUAAAUUACAAUCACAAUCAGGAGCAACUCCACAGACUGGGUAAUGGGAUAUAGAGCCUUUAAACUUAGGAGAAAGAUGACCGAAUUACUACUAUAUAUAUUUUGGGGUGACAGUUUAUUUUAUGUAGAAAAUGAACAAACUAAAUUGAUUUAAUACUUUUGAUUUAAUAAUAAUUUAUUCAAGACUGAUUUGUAACUUUUACAACCACUUUUGGAUUUGUGACCCAGGGACUUUGCCUGCUAUUUGAACGGUAGGCACAUCCAGUAUAUUAUGUUUGUCCCUCAAAAAAUAAUCUUAAAUCAAGACAAUCGAUUAUUCUGAACUGUUUAUUCCUUCACCACAGACAAUAAUGCUUCUCAGUAUCAUUUAAGAUGAUCUUAAAAAUCAAAUGAGAACACAAGCUAGGUGUAUACAAAAUACACCAAGAAUAAAUCAAAUACAGUUCCUUUGGUCAUAAAGAUUAUUAGUAGCUGCAACAAAAUACAAAUGAAAAUUUAUCUUGCAAUCUGAUAUAGCAAAAGUGUCUCCAGUGAGGUAAUUUACAAGAAUUAAGGAACUGAUGAAACUGACUCCUAUCUAUAGUCGCACACAGUUUAAUAUGUGCUCUCAAGAUUAAACACAUGCAAAUAAGACUUCUGAGUCUCAGUCGAGUACAGGACUUAUAUCAACACGUAAAAGGAAACUGUUUGAGGAUUUCUCAAUUUUUCUACUCUGCCAGGUUUUUCUAUUCUCCACACACAAAAAUAUAAUUUUUUUGUUCAAAAGUUCAUAGCAUAUUUCAUUUCAUGAGGCCUUUCAUACCUACAACCACUAAGUCACCUAUUUGACUCUAAUACAGGUUAGUAGUGAGUCAAAGUCAUUGCCUUUUAACAGCUUUUCACUGGCCUAUGUGAAAUGAGCUGGUGAUCUCAGUAAAGUUCCCAAUAGACAGGUGUCCACAAUACAGAGUCUACCACUGCAAUUGGCAAUCUUGUCAGAGUCAACAGAGAGCCCAGAGAGUGAAAGGGUUAUGGAGUCUAAACUCUCUCUCUCUCUCUCACCCUUCUAGAUUAUGGUUGAAGUGCUUUUACCAAGGUGUCUGUGAAGAAUAUGGAGGAAUUUACAUUUCUGUUAUCCAAUUUGUACCUGCUCUUUGGAUAAAUAUCAGACUUUACAGCCUCCAAGACUAUAUCAAUCUAGCACUUCUCACCUCUAUCAAUUUGCUAAGGAAACCAAUAUUGUGGUUUAUUAUUGUUACUAAUUGGGGUUUUUCCUAAAUCAGAUUAAAAUUAUUUACAGGUAUAGCUUUAGUAUUUUGAUUUUUAUAAAGGCACUUCAAAGGUGUAUCUGAACUAUUCAUAGCUUGGCUAGUAAACAUCAGAACUCUGGUGGGCCUUUGACUGUCUGUCAUCCAAAUGUCAUUUUCCACAAUUAUCAGAGGGGUAGCCGUGUUAGUCUGGAUCUGUGAAAAUGGCAAAGAGUCCUGUGGCACCUUA